AUGAAUAAAAUUAUUAAAGUUAUUUUAAUAAUUUUAAAUUUAAUAUUUAUUGUUUUGGGUGAACAAUCACAAAUCGAAUAUAACCCAUACGAAUCAACAGAUAAAAUAUUUGUAAAAUCAUUAGAAAAUAAUAAAAAUAAAUUAAUAAUUAAAGAUGGUAUUGUUUUAGAAGCAGAAUCAAAUUUAAUAAUAUCACAUAGUCAAACAUCAAAAUAUAAAAGAAAUUUAUUUUCAAAUGAAUUAUUUAAACGUGGUGAUGAUAAUACACAAGAUAAUAUCGAGUCAAUAACAAUAUAUUUUAAUAAUAAUCAUUUAGGGGGUUUAUUUUCAAAAAAGCACUACCCAACUAUUUUAGAGCCAACUAUCAGUGUAUUGGUAAAGUUUAAUGAAGGAUCAAGUGAAAAUAAAAUGGAACAUUAUUCAACUAUUAAAACAUUGACAUUUAAUCAAACUUUUUCAAUUUGUAAAAUAUUAGAAUCGGUAUUAGAUAUUUCAAUGCAACCAUGCAGCGCUAAAGAGUCUGAUGUUUUUGAAAACCUUUUACACAUGGGUUUGGUUCCAGAUCAUUUGAAUUUACCAUCACUCAGCCAAAUUGACUUUAAUGAUAAUUCAAAAACAAGUAACAUCAAUCGUUUACGUUUCCUUCAAUCAUCCAAAUUCGAUUUAUCAAAAGAAGAAAGCGAAUACUAUGACUCUUUAUUAAACAGCAAGAGUUUCUUAAAUUGUCUUUCAAUGUUCCACCAUCAUAAACUUUGUGGAAAUAGAAAAGUAAACUAUUUCAUCGAAAAAUCUUUCAACCAAUUAUUAGGUUUCACCAUGGAGAUUACCAAAGAAACAAUUCAUUUUAAUGAAAUGGCAUUAUAUUUACACGAUAGCAACAAGAUUAAUAUCAAAUAUAUCAAAGAUGAAACUCAUUUAAUCUCUGACCCAGAACAAAAAUAUUCUACCCAGGUUACUUUAGUCCAAAAUAAUGAAAAAGAAUUAUAUCAAUUAGAUAAAUCUAAAGUUUCACUUUUAGGAAAAGAUGUAGUUAAACAACAACAACAACAAGAAGAACAACAAUGGAGUAUCACUAAAUUAGAACGUUCAAUAAAGAAAUCUGGUUUCCAUCGUGAAUUGGUCAGCAAUGUUACCAUUAAAUCACCACCAACUUUAAAGAUCCCAAGAGAAUGCAAACUUUUAUUUUUAGAACAUUUUGACCAAGGUAUUUUUGUUGAUCGUUAUGAAGUCGAUGAAAUUGAACGUUUUGGUGGUCCAAAAGUAAACAUUUACCAACUUAUCGAUUUAGAAAAACCAUCAGCUACUAGCACCCAAAAUUACAUCUCAGUAGUUAAAGAAUUUACAGUUAACAGCGAACCAGAACAAACCAUUCAAGUCACACUCCCAAUUCAUCUUCGUUAUCAAAACCCAAUAAAUUCAAACCAAGAUGCAUAUCGUAAUACUCACAUUUCAUCACCAAUGAUUUUCAUUCAAUGCGAACCAACAAAUAGUGUUACCGAAUCAAAAUCCACUUUUGAUCAUUGGAAAUUAAUUACAAGUUUCUCUCCACUCUUUGAACAUACCAAAUCAUUAUUUAUUGAUGUACCAGUUGGUCAAUUAAAAGAUUUAGAAAGUGUUAAAUUCAAUACUCUUACUGUUACAGUCAUUGGUUCAAUUUUAGUCAUUGCAACAAUUAUAAAAACUCAAAGAAAAUUAAUGAAGGAAAAAAUUAAAAAAAAAUAA